AAUCUGCAGCGUGGACGCCAAAACAGGCACCACGUGGUUCCGGCGCCGGGGCGGGGCCAGAGACGCCGGAAGUGGCCGCGAGCUCCACGGGCCCACGGGGCGGCGCGCUUUCAGACCAUGGCGACCCAGACGAAGCGCCCACGGGUGGCGGGGCCCGUGGACGGCGGCGACCCGGAUCCUGUGGCCGGCUUCCUGAACUGGUGCCGGCGGGUGGGGCUGGAGCUGAGUCCCAAGGUGGCGGUCAGCCGGCAGGGCACGGUGGCCGGCUACGGCAUGGUGGCCCGGGAGAGCCUGCAGGCCGGAGAGCUGCUGUUCGUGGUACCGCGGGCCGCGCUCCUGUCGCAGCACACCUGCUCCAUCGGCGGCCUGCUGGAGCGAGAGCGAGGCGCGCUGCAGAGCCAGUCGGGCUGGGUGCCACUGCUACUGGCGCUCCUCCACGAGCUGCAGGCCCCGGCCUCACGCUGGAGGCCGUACUUUGCGCUCUGGCCCGAGCUGGGCAGCUUGGAGCACCCGAUGUUCUGGCCAGAGGAGGAGCGCCGGUGCCUGCUGCAGGGCACAGGCGUACCUGAGGCCGUGGAGAAGGAUUUGGCCAACAUCCGCAGCGAGUACCACUCCAUCGUGCUGCCCUUCAUGGAAGCCCACCCCGAUCUCUUCAGCCUCAGGGUUCGCUCCCUAGAACUCUACCAUCAGCUCGUGGCCCUUGUGAUGGCCUAUAGCUUUCAGGAACCACUGGAAGAAGAGGAGGAUGAAAAGGAGCCCAACUCCCCAGUGAUGGUGCCUGCUGCAGACAUACUAAACCACUUAGCCAAUCACAAUGCCAAUUUAGAAUAUUCUGCGAAUUGUCUUCGGAUGGUAGCCACUCAGCCCAUUCCUAAAGGCCAUGAGAUUUUCAACACUUAUGGGCAAAUGGCUAACUGGCAACUGAUUCAUAUGUACGGUUUUGUUGAACCAUAUCCUGACAACACAGAUGACACAGCUGACAUUCAGAUGGUGACAGUUCGUGAGGCAGCAUUACAGGGAACAAAAACUGAAGCUGAAAGGCUCCUAGCGUAUGAGCGCUGGGAUUUCCUAUGCAAACUGGAGAUGGUAGGGGAAGAAGGAGCCUUUGUGAUAGGGAGGGAGGAGGUGCUAACUGAAGAGGAGCUGAUCACCACACUAAAGGUACUGUGCAUGCCUGCUGAGGAGUUCAGAGAGCUUAAAGACCAGGAUGGAGGGGGAGAUAAUAAAAGGGAAGAGGGCAGCCUGACAAUCACAAAUAUUCCCAAGCUCAAAGCAUCGUGGAGACAGCUGCUUCGAAACAGUGUUCUAUUGACCUUACAGACCUAUGCCACAGACUUAAAAACUGACCAAGAUUUACUCAGUAAUAAGGAAGUCUAUGCCAAACUCAGCUGGAGGGAACAGCAAGCCUUACAGGUUCGCUAUGGUCAGAAGAUGAUCUUACAUCAGUUGUUGGAACUGACACAAGUUAGUUUCCCUGUUCCCUGAAGGAACAGCAAUAAGAACUUUUAUUCUAAGCUAGUACUCAUUGAUGUUUGAAAAGGGGGAAAAUUUGGAUCUUUUUCUUAUUAAACACCAAGAGGAAAAGUAGCAAAGGUGGUGUGCUAGGAUAAACUGAGGUAAGGGUGAUGUGUUUUAGGAUUGAGAACAGCAGACCUGGGAAUCACUGCUAAUUGUUAAAGCAUGUUACAGCUAUUUUGUUCUCAGUUUUAACCAAAGCCAGUGGAAAUGUGGUAGUACGUCGUCUUGUGUUUCAGCAUUUAAUAAUAGACUUUGGAGGUAGACCCUGGUUUAAAUCUAAGUCUAGUUUGAGGAAAUCACUUAACCUUUAUUUAAAAGACUGGAUUUAAUAAGCUGUGUAACUGGCACUCAAUGAUCAGUUACCCGAAGUUCACUCUAGAUGGCACAAACCACCCCUCAGGGAAUAAACCCUAAGCCAUCACUCAAGGAGGACUUCAAUUAUUUAAUUUUGAACUGUUUUGUCCUCUCUGGCUGUAAAACUUGUCAUGAAAGGUAAGGCAAAUUUUAAUUGGGUUAAGUUUUAAAAUAUACAUCUACUCAUUUUCUUUAAAAAGAAAAAAUACCAAAAUACCUGGGGGUAUUAAAACUGGGCAUUUUAAAUUCUGUUUAACCAGAGAAACCUGCUCCAGCAAUUUUCUAGUGUUGAAAUAGGAAGAAAAAUAGUUUCCUUAAACAUGCCAGCUUAGUUAGUGGGAAUGAUCUAUCAUUCAGCAAGUAGUUGAUGGUUCCCCAUGGCCCCAAGGUCUGCAAGGCUGGACUGUCCACUUUUCCUCCUCACCACCAGCACUGGCUGCUGCUACUGAGAAAGGCACAGUGGACUCGUGUGUGUCAUGGCUUUAAUGGUUAGCUACAGUAUGCAUACACAUACAAGAAGUAGGGGAGCUGAAGCCCAGGAAAAGGCUACAAAAUACAACACAGGGACCAAUACAUUUGCAAAACAUUCAAAACCCUUAUAAAAGGGGCUGUAUUGGUCCUUUCAGCUUUGUCAUUAUUCAGCUUAGCCUGUAUGGCCAUUCAGUGGGGGUAAUGGGGAGAACAAUUAAUGAGAUUUGGUUCCCUUUCCUAUAUUCCCACUGUUUUUAAGUUUCAGAAGAGGGAUGUGGGGGUGAGGGUAGGGGGUGGGCUUUAGGCCUGGUCUGGUUUCCCUUUAUAUAAAGAGCUGACACCCCCAUCUCACGCGGCUGAGGUGUAUAAUCCCCAAAAUAAGUAAGAUGGUACAAAUGCAGUCAGCUUUGGAAUGGGUUUGGGUAGAGAAAAACAGAAACUCAUGGGAUUCCAAUUGUGAGCCCUUCCCAUGUUCCCAGACAUAUCAAAUUCUAGCACAUCCACGUUUUUAAUAACUUAGUGAUUUUUAAGGUCCCCUAUCCACAUUAAAAAAAUAAGUUACAUAAUA